CACAUGGUACCAGAUCGCGAGAUCAUCAUCCGAGUCAAGCUCGCCUCCGCGGGCUUCAUGAAGAGCAGCAUGCUAGCGAAGAAGUUCUUUAUUCUCUACCAACUCUGCGAGGAGCAGCUUUCCAAGCAACGCCACUACGACUUUGGGCUUAGAAACAUCCUCUCCGUCCUGCGCAUUUGCGGGUCGCGUCGCCGCAGCAACCCAGACCUGUCUGAGGAGAACAUACUUUUACGCGUCCUCACAGACAUGAACCGCUCAAAGCUGGUUGAUGAGGAUGCACCCCUCUUCAUGUCUCUGACCGAGGAUCUCUUCCCCGGCCUUCGAGUCGAGGAUAACAGCUACCCGGAUCUCGACGCUGCCCUCUCCGUCGUCUGUGGCGAGCUUUUCCUCCAGCAGCACCCUGACUGGCUCAAGGCCGUCGUUCAGUUCUACGAGACCCACCUGGUUCGUCACGGAAUUAUGCUUCUUGGGCCCCCGCUUUCCGGAAAAUCACAGUCCAUCCUCUCUCUUGCCAAGGCUAUGUCUGCGAUGAACCCAUCCACAACGUUCCCGAAAAAGUACACCGUUAUCAAGAUGAACCCCAAAGCCAUUACGGCCCCUCAGAUGUUCGGUCGUCUCGAUGCCGCCACCGGUGAUUGGACAGACGGGAUUUUCUCGAGCAUCUGGCGGCGCUGCACAAAGCGCGAGGGUGAAUGGUUCUUCUUCUGUCUCAACGGGCCUGUCGAUGCCGUGUGGAUUGAGAAUCUCAACACCGUCCUCGAUGAUAACAAAACUCUGACCCUCGCUAACUCCGACCGCAUCCCUAUGUCCAAUACCCUAAAGCUUGUCUUCGAGGUCGACUCCCUUGCCAAUGCGUCCCCUGCCACUGUAUCCCGCGCAGGGAUGAUCUACAUGUCUCACUGGAUCCUCGGCUGGCGCCCAGUCCUUGAGAGCUGGGUCGCCAGCUGGCCCGAGGCCACAAGCAGCGUGAUAAAGCGGAUGUUCACUGACGCUAACUUCCUGGACGACCUUUAUGCCCUCAUAGACACUGCUGUCCUUCACCCCGUGACUACACUCCCGCGACUGCAGCUCUUCCGUAGCCUUAUGAUGGUCCUCACGUCGCUCAUCUACUUUGGAUCUGGUGUUGACGGGCUCAGCGAAAGCGAGCUUAUAGAGGUCAACGAGAGUAUUGUCAAUGCCUUGAGCACAGCCUCACACAUCACUUCCGAGGGAUUCACUAACGCAACGCAGGCUCAGACUCAAUCCAUCGCUACCAAUGCUGCUGCCUUCGCCAGCAAAUACCCUGAAACACACUUGAAGCGCAUGGUAACGUUUGCUGUCAUGUGGUCCUUCGGGGCGGUCCUUGAUUUGGAAGAGCGGACCAAGACUUUUCAAAAGUUCCUCUACGACAAGAAGGCGGUGCUGGAUCUUCCAACCCUUGACGCGUCCAACCCCAACGAUAACGUGUUUAACUACUUCGUUGACGACACCGGGAAUUGGCGCCUCUGGGCGGAGGUUGUGCCCAAGUGUGAGUAUCCACCCAAGACGGAGACGCCUUUUGCAAAUAUCCUCAUUCCGACGAUCGAUAACACCAGCCUCGAUAUGGUUCUCCGCAAAGUCAGCUACUCCCAAUUCAACAUCAUGCUCAUUGGAGAGUCUGGCUCUGGUAAGACAGUUGACAUUCUUACCUUCCUUAACAACCAAGACAAGGAGAAGUACGCCAUCCGGAACAUCAACUUCUCGUCGGCCACCACGGCGCAUUUGCUCCAAGAUAAUGUUGAGGCAUUUGUGGAGAAGCGUAUGGGCCUCUCGUAUGGUCCGGUUGCAGGUAAGAAAGGCCUUGUUUUCAUCGACGAGGUGAACAUUCCCCAGAUUAACGAGUGGGGUGAUCAGCCAACCAAUGAGCUCACGCGUCAGCUGAUAGAGGAGCGCGGAUUUUAUGCACUUGACAAGCCUGGCGAAUUCCACAUAAUGCAGGAUAUGACCUUUUUGGCUGCUGCCCCUCUUCCUGGAGGUGGGAGGAACGAUAUCCCGACAAGGCUCAAGGGGCACUUCAUCACGAUUAACGUUGGGCUUCCAGCCUCAGAUCAGCUGGACAUGAUCUUCGGCACAAUUGUUAAGGGCCACUACCAGGAGUCUCGGGAGUUCUCCGAGGACGUGUGCAACAUUGCAGCUAGACUGGUUAUGACAACGAGGAAGCUCUGGCAGGCUACAAAAGCGCGCAUGCUCCCCACGCCUGCGAAGUUCCACUACAUCUUCAAUCUUCGCGAUCUGAGCCGAAUCACCCAGGGCUUCAUCAACUCCCAGCCGGACGUCAUAGACUCUGCCAGGAAGCUUGUUUACCUCUGGGCAAACGAGUGCACGCGCGUCCUCCCAGACAAGUUCACGACUCUCGAGGAUAUUACGUGGUUCAACAAUGCGAUUGUGCAGUUUGCUGCAGAAGACCUUGGUGAUGCCCUGGCUGCCGAAGUCGAGGUCUUCGCCGCCCAGAACAACAUCAUUACGGUGCCACAGUUUGCCAAGGACGAAGAAGGCAACGAGAAGCGGAUCUACUUCGUCGACUUCAUGCGGGACCCGCCAGAAGAUGUUCCCGAGGGCGCAGACGACGAUGCUUACGAGGCGCCAAAGAUCUAUGAACCGGUUAUGGACAGAGAGGUGCUUUUGGAGCGGAUUCGUGGCUUCCAGCAGAAGUACAAUGAGCUGAAUAGACGCAGCCCGUUAGACCUGGUGUUCUUCGAUGCAUGUGUCGCGCACAUUCUCCGCAUAUCCCGUAUCAUCCGUAUGCCUCGUGGACAUUGCCUGCUUGUCGGUGUCGGAGGCUCUGGGAAGCAGAGCUGCACAAAACUCGCCAGUUCCAUUGCGGGCUACACUACGUUCCAGAUCACAAUUACGCGUGGCUAUAAUAUCAGUAAUUUCGAUGAGGACCUACGGACUCUUUACAGAAUGGCUGGCGUUGAGAACAAGGGGGUCACCUUCAUGUUUACAGACGCAGAUGUAAAGGAAGAGGUCUUCUUGGAGCGCAUUAAUAAUAUCCUCACUUCGGGCGAGAUUCCAGCUCUAUUUGCAAAGGAUGAGGUCGAAAACAUUACCAACGACUGCAGGCCAGGGUUCAAGAAGGAGAAGCCGCGUGAGCCCGAUACAAACGAGAAUCUGUGGAACUUUUUCCUGGACAGGGUGAAGGCUAAUCUCCACGUUGUCCUCUGCUUCUCUCCGGUUGGUCCCAAGUUCCGCGAACGGGCACGGAAGUUCCCUGGUCUAAUCUCUGGAUGCACGACGGACUGGUUCCAGCCGUGGCCGCGGCAGGCUCUCUGCGACGUUGCCAUUAAGAACUUGACGGGCUUUGAAAUCCGUACCAAGGAGGGUGAUAGCGACGUUCUCGGAAAGCUUGUUGAGCACAUUGCGCAGGUUCACCUCUCCAUGACAGAUGUAACCAAGUCAUACUUUGACAGGUUCCGACGGCAAACGUAUGUCACACCGAAGUCCUAUCUUUCCUUCCUCAGCAGCUUUAAGAGCCUUUACUUGGAAAAGCUUGUGGAUCUGAAAGAGCAGCAUCGCCGUCUCAAAACUGGAUUGGACAAACUGGAGACUGCUGCUGCUGAUGUGUCCAAGAUGCGUGUCGAUCUGGAGGCCAAAGAGAAGGACCUUGCGGUGGCUCAGACGAAGGCAAACGAGAUGAUGAAGGUCAUCUCAGUCUCAACUGCAGAGGCCGAAAAGACGAAGAAAGAGGUCCAGACAGUUGCCGACGAGCUCGCCGUCCAGGCAGACGAGAUUGCAAAGCAAAAAGCCGAGGCCGAGGAGGGUCUGGCGAAGGCUCUGCCAGCACUAGAGAAGGCUGAAAAGGCUCUCGAGGCAAUUGAGCCUAACGAUAUUAACACGCUCAAGAAGCUUGCGAAGCCUCCCCAUCUCAUCCAGAGAAUUAUGGAUACUGUCCUGUUGCUCAUGAACAUGCCUCUUGAUCGCGUGACCCCUGAUCCAGAGUUUCCCAUAGACAAGAAGAUCUUGAAGCCCAGCUGGAAGAACUCCUUGCUACUCAUGAACCAAGCCGGAUUCCUGCGCAGCUUGCUGGAGUUUGAGCGCGACGGAAUCACGGACGAGACCUGCGAGCUCUUAGAGGCGUACCUUGAGAUGUCCGAUUUCAAUAUCGAGGCUGCUCGAAAGUCGUCUGGGAACGCUGCUGGGUUGCUGCAGUGGUCGCAGGCCAUGUACGAGUACCACUUCAUCGCGCUCGAGGUUGAGCCCAAGCGCGCCGCUGUGCGAGAAGCAGAGUCUAACUUCAAGGCUGCCAUGGCCUCACUGACAUCUGCGAAGGAGGAUCUUGCGGAGAAGCAGGCUGCGCUCAACAAGCUUCAAGAGCAGUAUGAUGAGGCAGUCAAUGAGAAGAAGCGCCUGCAAGACGAGGCAGAUUUGACCGGGCGGCGCCUGCACGCUGCAUCAGCCCUUAUCAAUGGACUGUCAGGAGAGCGAAAACGGUGGUCUCAGCAGGCACGAGAGCUUGACGAUGCUGCUGUCCGGCUAGUGGGUGACGCGUCCCUCUCUUCGGCAUUUCUGUCAUACGCAGGUCCGUUCAACCAAGAGUAUCGUCAGUUCCUCGUCACGCAGAUCUGGCUCAAGGACCUGGAAGAGAGAAGGCUGCCCUUCACACGCGGGAUUGAGAACGAGAUACACAAUUUCCUGGUCUCCGAAGCCACAGUCGGCGAGUGGCGUCUCCAGGGCCUUCCCACUGACCAGCUCUCGACGGAGAAUGGCAUUAUAGUUACCACAAGCACGCGCUACCCGCUGAUGAUCGAUCCCCAGACACAGGCUGCGGCGUGGAUCAAGAAUAUGUACUCUGACCUUAAGGUAACCACCUUUAGCAACAAAUACUUCCGCCAAAUGGUUGAGGACGCGCUUAACAUGGGCCAGCCGCUACUUAUCGAAGACGUCGAGGAGGAGCUGGACCCGCUGCUGGAUCCUAUCCUCGAAAAGCAGUUCGUCAAGACAGGGAAGUCUCUCAAAGUCAAGUUAGGCGACAAGGAGUGCGAAGUGUGCGAUGGCUUUAAGCUCUUCAUCACGUCCAAGCUCCCGAACCCGCGCUACCUCCCCGAAACGUACGCUAAGACGUCAGUCAUAGACUUUUCCGUCACAUUCUCUGGCCUGGAGGCGCAGCUUCUUGCUAGAACAGUUAACAUAGAGAGGAAGGAGCUCGAGGACCAACGCCGCGAGCUGCUUGAGGAGGUCAAUGCCAAUAAGAAGCAGAUGGCCAAGCUAGAGGAGGACCUGCUCAGCAGGCUUUCCGCUACCCAAGGAAACCUCCUCGAUGAUGUGGAGCUGGUCGAUGUGCUGAACAAGACGAAGGAGACAACUGAGGGCGUCAAGGAGAAGCUUGCAUCAGCCGUCGAGACAGAGCGCAAGAUCAACGAGGCUCGAGAGGAGUUCAUGGUCGUUGCCACCCGCGGGUCAAUCAUCUACUUCCUUGUUACCGAGAUGUCGACGGUUAACUCUAUGUAUCAGACGUCACUUAAGCAGUUUCUUGAGCUUUUCGACCAGUCUAUAUACGAUGCCGAGCCGUCUCCGAUCACGACGAAGCGGAUUGCAAAUGUGAUACAGAAUAUGACCAUCAAGAUCUUCAGGUACAUCGCUCGUGGGCUCUAUGAGCGUGACAAGCUGCUCUUCAUCCUCCAGCUUUGCCUCAAAAUUGAUCUUAAGGCUGGAAAUGUGUCUCAGCUUGAGUUCGGCACCUUCAUCCGCGGAGGUGCGGCAUUGGAUCUCAGCAACGUUCGCGCCAAACCAGCUGCUUGGAUACCAGACAAGGCGUGGUUAAACAUAAUCGCUCUCAGUGCUUUGAACAUCUUCACUUCGCUGCCAAAUCAAAUCGCCGAAAAUGAGCACGCAUGGCGCCAGUGGUACGACUCGGAGGCCCCGGAGAAUAUCGAUCUGCCUCCCGAGUACAACGGGCGCAUAUCCGUUUUCCAGAAGCUUCUCCUUGUCAGGUGUCUCCGUGAAGACCGUACAAUGCUUGCAGUCAACGAGUACAUCAUUCACUCCCUUGGAGCAGAGUUUGCAGAGCCUGUCCCGGUCAACUUCGAGGACAUCUUCAUGAACGAGGCAAAGCAACAAGUUCCUAUCACUUUCCUCCUAUCCUUGGGUUCGGACCCAACGUCCCAGAUAGAGGCUGUCGCCAAGAAGCUCAAGAUUGAGAUGCGUUUCAUCUCUAUGGGACAGGGACAAGAACCUCAGGCGCGCCGUCUGAUUAUAGAGGGUGUCGCAAAUGGCACGUGGGUUAUGAUCAGCAACUCCCAUCUUGGGCUGAAGUUUAUGUCUGAGAUCGAGCUGAUGAUUAUGGAUCUCACAGAGAAGAUGGCCAGCGUCACAGAGAGCUCUGGCAAAGACGAUGGUGCUGGUGACGCUGUAAUUGAAGCCGGUGCCGAUAAGGGAGGCGACUCUGCAGAGAAUCAAGGUACCGGUGGAAUUUUCAGCAUGCUCGGCAAGGGACAACUACCUCAUGCAAACUUCCGUCUCAUCCUUACCACAGAUCCGCAUCCACAGUUCCCGAUUGGUCUCUUACAGAAGACACUUAAGCUGACGAACGAUCCCGCCUCUGGGUGCCGUGCCUCUCUUAAGCGUACUUACCAGACGCUAACACAGGACUACCUUGAGACGUGUGACAAGCCACAGUGGCUUCCGCUUGUGUACUGCAUUGCGUUCAUCCAUACCACCCUCAUUGAAAGGAAGAAGUUUGGAAGCCUGGGCUGGUGUAUCCCCUAUGAGUUUAGCCUGCCAGAUUUCACAGCCUCUGUCCAGUUCCUCCAGAACUACCUCUAUGGGCUGGAUUCCGUUGUUAAAGGCGCUGCACAGAAGGGGUCGCUCAUCUCGUACAGCACGAUCAGAUACAUGAUUGCUGAGGUUCACUACGGGGGUCGCGUUACUGAUGAUUUCGAUAGGAGGCUUCUCAAGACGUACUGCGAAGAAUGGCUGUCUGCACGAUCGCUGACUCCAGAGUUUGAGUUCAGUAGAGGCUAUCACAUUCCAAAGCACAACAACAUUACGGAGGCCCGUACAUACAUUGAUGGCCUUCCAUUUGUCGACAAACCUCAGAUCUACGGGCUCCAUUCUAAUGCUGAUAUUCUGUUUCGUAAUAAGCAGGCAGGGGAAAUCCUCUCGACCAUUGUCAAUAUGCAGCCUAAGGACAGUGGCGGUGGAGGAGGCAGCAAGGACGGGAAGCAGCAGGUGGUCCUGACACGCGAAGAGCAAGUGCUUAAGCUUGCAAGGGACAUGCUCACUAAGCUCCCACCUGACUAUGACACCAAGGUUACCGUCAAGCAGCAGAUUCAGAAGCAGGGUGGAAAGGCCAAGCCUCUGAACGUCUUCCUGGGCCAGGAGAUCGAUCGGAUGCAGGUCGUUCUUUCCCUUAUCCGCACAACCCUUGCGGAUCUCCAGCUGGCAAUAGCAGGCACAAUCAUCAUGAAUGAGGCCCUCCAAGACUCUCUUGAUUCUCUCUACGAUGCCCGCGUGCCCAGCCGCUGGCUGAACGUCUCGUGGCCCGCUUCCACGCUCGGAUUUUGGCUCUCUGACGUCACAAACCGUUGCACACAGUUCACGGACUGGCUUACAAAAGGAAGACCCAACUCCUAUUGGCUUUCUGGUUACUUCAAUCCGCAAGGAUUCCUGACUUCUGUUAAGCAAGAGAUCACUCGCAUGCAUACGGGGUGGGCGCUCGACCGUGUCUAUCCGAGGACCAAUGUUUCCAAGUUUUCGGAGAAGGGUCAGGUUAAUCAACCACCGGAGGAGGGUGUUUACAUCCACGGGCUUUUCCUGGAUGCGGCUGCCUGGGACAAGAAAAACAAUCGCCUGAUAGACCAACCUCCGAAAGUUUUGUUCGUCCCGCUACCGCUGCUUCACCUUGACGCCACGAACGACGUCUACACGUACCCUACGAAGAUGUAUGACUGCCCACUCUAUAAGACUCCAGCGCGUACAGGCCUCAACUAUAUUUUCACAAUAAAGCUUCCCACAGACGCAAAUCCAAACAAGUGGGUCCUUCGCGGCACUGCUCUUCUUUGCAAUAUUCAGUAA